AUGUAUCGUGAAUUAACGAUUUCUAGCAAUGUUCAAGAGCGGAAGCUGACUAAAGCAGUCAAGACCGGUAAACUCAGUCUAACAGCUGACGAACUGAAGGGUAGCGGCAGCGUUAUUCAUCUUCACCCCGCGUCGCACGAGAAGGCCCUUAAGGCACGUAGAGCUGAUAGUGGUGUUCGACUUGAUAUCACUAAGCACGAAGUCAAGAAGGGUUACAAACGAGCUCAAGGUGGUUCCAUUUGGAGCAAAGUUUGGCGAGGAAUUAAAUCGGCUUUCAAAUUCGCAAAGGACAGUGGAAUUCUUUCGCGUGCUGCCGAUGCUGCCGUACCUGCUCUAGCUACUGCUUUCGGAGCCCCACAGGCUGGAAAUCCCUGCUCGACGGGCGGUCGCGUUUCAGUAUCAGCUGAUGUCAAGAAGGCUGCAAAGAAUGCUCUAUCAUACGCUAAACGUAAGGGGGUUCUGACAUAUGCUGUUGAUGCUGGAGAAACGUAUCUUUUAAGCAGAGCUACAAAACCUGAGCAUGAGACACUAAUCAAAUCUGUACGUGGUGAAGUGCGACGACGCUACGGUGUUGGGGUGCCUAAAAUCAGUUUAUUUUUUGGCCGCAGUAGAAGCAUGAUAGAUACGGAAGUAUCACGGAACUUAUCCUUUUGGUCGUUUUGGUUAUAA